AUGAAAGAGCCGGAAGGUCAGUUAGCCCGGUGGCUUGAGAAGCUAGCGGAGUACGAGUUCGGAAUCAUCCAUCGCCCAAGUCGCUUACACACAAAUGCUGACAGUUUCUCCCGCAGGCCCUGCCGCCAGUCCUGUCCUUGUAAUCUGCAGGACCCUUCUUCGCAGCGGAGAACCACAAGUCACCAAGCAAUUCAGUGUGAUUUGGACUCUGACACCAGCUCCCUGUUGCUGAGUCCGGUGGGGGAGUAUUUCACAAAAUGGACUAAAGCAUUUGCAAUCCCUGACGAAAAGGCUGUGACAGUGGCAAACGUUGUUGCAACUGAAUGGGUGUGUCGCUUUGGAAUGCCCCACUCUCUGCACAGCAAUCAAGGACGCAAUUUUGAAUCAGAGGUAUUCCAAGAAAUGUGCUGUUUGUUUGGCAUCGACAAAACCCACACUACACCAUUCAGACCGCAGUCCGCAGUCCGUUUCAACGCCACACUCCAAAAGAUCUUGGCCUCUACUGCAGAACACUGUCACUGGGGUUGGGACCUGAUGAUCCCAUAUGCAGUUAUGGCCUACAGAGUGACCAAGCACAGCGCUACUGGUUUCACCCCCAACUUCAUGAUGUUCGGCCGUGAAAUAAGUGAGCCAGUGGACCUUGUGGCUGGUUUGCCCCCGGACUCUGACCAUGCACCUUCAGCCCCCGAGUAUGUGCAACAAAUGCGUGAGCGGUUGAACUGGCUCACAACAUCACCCGAGAAGCCCUUGUUGGUAGAGCAUUGCGAAUUGGAAGAGAUGCAGGAACAGAAAGAGGCACUGCAGUCCAAAGUCACGGCACUAGAGAAUGAACUCAACCGGACCUCCAUCAACCAGUUCCUGCUGAAGACUGAGAGAGGAAUCUGUGGAAUGUUAUGUGGCUUGUGCUCAUAUAGUGUUGAGCUGUCCAGCAGUGAGCAUCUGUAUAUGAUGAAGAGUUUUCAGCUUUCUUAUUUCCAACUCCUGUAUCUUCUAACAGCAGCAUUAUUAUGUAAAGGUGAAACAGAGAGACCCUGCAAGCAGGUUCAUCAGUUGAACAUAAGCCAUUUACUUGGUGACAGCAUGUCUAUUUCUUGCCAAACAACAACCCACCCGCUGGAUUCUCUGACAGUCAAACUACGCAGUAUGAACCAAGAUAAAGUCAUCCUGAUGUCUCUAGACAUCUCUCCAGCAUCAGAGCACCAGAGAUGGUCUGUGAGGAAUGAUACUGGAAAUGUUACACUUGAUCUGAAAGACUUCAGAUCAUCCGAUAGUGGUCUUUAUGACUGUCAGGUCUACAAGAAUCAGGACUGCCUUCAAACAACUCGAUUUAACCUGAGUAUUAUAAAGUGUAAACCUUUGAACCCUGUCCAUGCAAGGCUAAACUCUUCAGUGUUGCUGCCAUGCUCUGAACAUCCUCUACAAAACAGAACUGCACCAGUAACUUGGAAAGUUGUUAAUGGUCACGAAUUAACAGAUAUAACCCAGUAUCGCGCUCCAUUCAAGCCCUCAAGCAGCACAGAGAAACCCCCGGACCCCCUGUACAUGAGAGCGAAACAACUAAACAACGGAUCUUUGCUUAUAAACAAUGCAGUACAAACUGAUGAAUUGUGGUAUCGGUGCAGAGUGAAUGAAAAAACCUGCUAUGAGAUGAAGCUGGUGAUGAAAGAUAAAACAUUUUAUUCAACAAUUUCCACUACAUUGUCAUCCACAGUGAUCACACAUGCUCCAACCACAGCUGCUGACAAAACGGCUGGCCAAACUACAACCAAGAACAAUGAGAGUGAAACUUAUCUGACAGUAGUAGCGAUGACCACAGUAGUGUCUCUAUGUGUUCUCAUAUCACUGACCAUCUGUGUCAUUCUUUAUUUCCCAAAACAAAGUCACAAAACCAACAGUCAAAUUGAUUUGAACUGCUGGACUACCGUACAUUAUUCCAUCAUUUCAGGAGGGUUUGAUGGUCCAUUCUGUUCAUUAGAUGAACAUAACGUCUGAAUCAUGACUGUGUGUCUCGUUCUUCCUCAUUUACCCGGUGUUUAAAAGCCCUAGUCCUUUCAAUCAGUGUUGGUCGGUUCUGAAUGUCUUUCCAUGUGUUCCUCUGUCUCCUACGGUCCCCUUGGAUUGGACUAUUGAAUUAUUAAAAUACAUAUUGAAGAACACAUCGUUCCUUGCUCUCCGAGUGUAUUGUGACAGUAUCAGGCUUGUGAUGCAUAUGCAUACAGGACACAC